AUGUCACAUCCAGUAGGAAUAGCAUCGCUGUUGUUACCCGGAGGUAGAACUGCUCAUUCCAGGUUCUCUAUUCCUAUUUCAACAAAUGAGAUAUCAACCUGUAAUCUUCGUCAAGGUUCCCCAAAAGCUGAAUUAUUAAAAAAAACAAGCUUAAUUAUUUGGGAUGAGGCACCUAUGUUGAACAAACAUAGCUUUGAAGCUUUGGACAGAUCUCUAAAUGACAUUAUGAAGACUAGAUCUACUUAUGGUUAUAACAUUCCAUUCAGAGGGAAAAUUGUGGUACUAGGAGGUGAAUUUAGACAAAUACUCCCAGUUAUUUCCAAAGGAAGUCGUUCGGAGAUUGUGGGUUCUGCUAUCAAUUCUUCAUAUCUAUGGAAGCAUUGCAAGGUAAUGAAAUUGACUGUUAAUUUAAGAUUGCAAAAUGCUAACUCAUCUUCUUCGUCAGCAGAAAUAAAAGAGUUUGCUGAUUGGUUGCUUCAAGUGGGAGACGGAACAGUUACAAUCAUUGAUGAAGCCGAAUCACUCAUUGAGAUUCCUUCAGAUCUUCUUAUUGAACAGUGUAAGGAUCCCUUACUUGAAAUAGUAAAUUUUUCAUAUCCGAAACUUUUGUUUAAUUUGGAAAAAAUUCAUUCUUCCAAGAAAGAGCAAUCCUUGCACCAACACUUGAAAGUGUAG